AUGCCCACGAUUGGCGCACAACUCCGCAAAUGGACGGCAUUCCUGCUCCUCUGCAGCACACCCACGACCGUCCUCGUCCAGUCAACGAAUAACAGCGUGACCUUCCAUACUGGCGCUACUGCACCUCUGAGUGUCACAACGCAUGGCGCUUCUCCUGCGCUGUCACGACCAACGGCCUUCAGUCGCCCCUACGCGGAUACCGAUACGAUAUGCUCGUACCGCACGAUCAAUUACAUUACACAUACACUACCUCAGCAAUGCCUGAAGACAAGCUGGUCGGCUUCGAUCCCAACAGUCUCCAUCAAUGAAACAGCACCUGCAGCAGAGACGACACCGACCCCGCAAACAUCGGCCUCGACUACAAAGGAAGGAGCAGAGGAAUGGGUAGGUGAGAGCACGGGGGAUGCAGCAGCAGCAGCAACCGCUUCUUCAGCAGAAGUAACGCCCUCUGGCGACAUCGUGGCUGGCAGCGGUACUGGAAGCACAGAACCAGAUGCUGAGCUUGAGACAGACUCGCCCUUCGACAACGCCAACUUUCUCUCCUUCGACGAGUGGAAAAAAAGGAACUUGGCCCAAGCCGGCCAGUCGCCUGAGAAUGUUGGACAGGGCCGAGCUGCUUCUGCUGAGCAAGGGUCUCGAAGGCGCCCAGUCAAUGUCAACGCCUUGGACUCUCUAGGCGAAGAAGCCGAGAUCGAUAUCGACUUCAGUGGGUUUGGUGACCCUUCUGAGGGCAGCUCUAUUGGUAGCGAUGUUGCCUCGAAAGCCCCAGGUGCUGAAGCAGCCAAGGCUUCAGGUGAAGCAGACAAAGCCGGUUCCGGCUCCUGGGCACUGAGCAAGGACGCUGGGAAAACGUGCAAAGAGCGCUUCAACUAUGCGUCAUUCGACUGCGCAGCAACUGUUCUUAAAACGAACAAGAAGGCAAAGGGCUCCUCAGCUGUGCUAUCAGAGCACAAGGACAGCUACAUGCUUAACGAAUGCUCUGUCAACAACAAAUUCCUCAUUAUAGAGCUUUGCGACGAUAUCCUGAUUGACACCGUCGUUCUGGCAAACUACGAGUUCUUCUCGUCCAUGUUCCGCCACUUUCGCGUCAGCGUAUCAGACCGUUAUCCUGUUAAGAUGGAGCGAUGGCGCACGUUGGCUACAUUCGAAGCUCGUAAUUCCCGCGACAUCCAGCCCUUUCUCAUCACAGAGCCUCAGAUCUGGGCCCGCUACCUGCGUAUCGAGUUCCUGACCCAUUACGGCAAUGAGUUCUACUGUCCCCUGAGCCUCUUGCGUGUGCAUGGUACUACGAUGAUGGAACAGUUCAGACGUGACGAAGAGGAAGCUCGAGGCGGCGAGGAUGACGUUGAAUCGAUUGAAGAAGAGGAGAACGUAGUCAAGCCCGCCGACGGCAGUGGCCCAAUCCCAGCGGACCAAGUUCCAAUCGUAUCGGUCGAGGAAGAGCUUGUUCGGUUAAAACAGACUGCGACUUCAGAAAGCUCACCGAACGCUGUCAUCGACACCCAGCCAACCUCUAGUCCGACCGUAUCGCAGCCUACGUUCUCCAGCCCAACGUCGGCGUCAGCACAAGUGGUAACGUCAACAUCUCUUGACCAGUCAACUGGUGCACCCAGCAACAACAGCGCCGUCGACAGCCUGUCACGCCCAUCGCCCUCUUCCAUCGUAUCCAAACCAGGCAGUGGGAAUGACGCCACCGCCCUACCACCAACGCCCAGCAGCAUUGCUGUCGCAUCCCAGGAUAUCAAAAUGAUUCCAUCGGCUCAAGGUUCUGCUGUGGUUGGUUCGAAUCCUGCUUCUGGGACGUCUACCACCCGCAAAGAGUCCGCCGCUCGCUCACCUGGAACUGACGCACCAUCCCCGCCUACCAAAAACCCUCCAGCGAAGCAGUCCAGCAACAAUACCGCAGCAAACCCUCCAGUCCAGUCACAGACGCGCAGCUCGCCAACACAGCCAAAUGCCGCCGCUCCAUCUACCCAGGAAUCCUUCUUCAAGUCGAUUCACAAACGCCUGCAGUACCUCGAGGCCAACAGCACCCUUUCGCUGCAAUACAUCGAAGAACAAUCACGUAUUCUACGAGAUGCCUUCAUCAAAGUGGAAAAGAAGCAGCUGGCAAAGACGGAGAAGUUUCUUGAGUACAUGAACACUACGGUGAUACAAGAGCUCAAGAAUUAUCGCAACAUGUACGAACAACUUUGGCAGAGCACAGUCAUUGAACUGGAGGGCAUGAAGGAGCGGCAAAGGUCAGAGGUGGGAGAGAUCGGCGCCAGGCUCAGCCUGAUGGCUGACGAGCUCGUUUGGCAGAAGAGGAUGGCUGUCGUUCAAUCGACAUUGUUACUUCUUUGUCUCGGUUUGGUCCUCUUUGCGAGGUCGGGAGCGAUGGGAGCUGCUGUGGACAUGCCUAUCGUACAGCAGCUGGGGACUAAGUACUCCAGCUUCUUCGAUUCGCCGCCACAGCGAGGACUCGAAACUGGUGUAGACCGACGGAGACGGACGUUCAAGAGCAUGUGGCGCAGCGACACGUCGGCUGGACUGAGCGAUCGAAGUGGCCAUCACAGCGAAGGGCGCAAUAUCUUGUCGGACGUGGAUAGUGACGACGCGAGAAGCCCUGUUCGAAUCCAGUAUAGUCCCCCCACUCCCAACACACCAGGCGGCCGAUCCGAUGCUGCUUUACAAUCCGGCUCUUCACCCCCAGAUGUCAACGGCCUAGAAGACGUCGAUUCAGACGGUGGGCCUGCAGCACCAAGAAAAGUCCCUGACAUCAGCCUUGAAGAUCAAGCCAAGCGCAUACAGGUACUGGCCACACAGUCUGGGCCCGCCACACCCAACGGCACCCGCGACAGCCGGCCGUCAUGGGAAGAAGUCGAUCGGGCCAUUGACCAGCUGAAAGCUGAAGAGCACGACCAGGCUGCGCCGCAGAAGGAGGUGCGUGUGAAGGGGAAGGCGAGGUCGCCGCUAAGAAGGGCUCAGAGCAGCUACGAUGGCGCUGGAGACGAUAACUCGCCAAUUGACAGUGGCAGGGACCAUCUCGUCAGUAGCUGA